UUUUAUGAAGAAUGUGUAAAAAUAAAAAGUGAAAAUUAUUCUUGAGCUGUAGACAGCUCCAGUAGAUGUACAUUGUACAAUGCAAAUCUGAAUUAUUUGCCCCUUCCUACAAAUUCCUUUCUUCGUCUUCAAUGUUUCACUCUCCUUCAAUUUUCACACUUUCUUCAUUCUUUACCCUUUUUUUUUCUUCAAUUUUUCCAUUGCCGACAAAAAAUUUCUUUUUUGAACACACCCCAUUUCGUGAUUCACGUCUUGUGACGUUAAUCAAUCUAUAUCAGAUCCUGGGUUGCCGUUAAAUUUGGAAUAAUCAUCAAUUUCCAAUGAAAAAAUCGAUUUUUUGAUUUUGGGUUAGUUUUUUUAUUGUUGUUCAAACAUGGAGAUUUCAAGUGGAGGUUGUUCUCCUAGGAUUAGGGUAGAUCAUUUGAAAAAAGAUGGAUCAGAUGAAACACGUUUACGUCAAGCAUUAGAAUUGGAACUUUCUGAUCAUAAUCAUGAAAUUCAAUCAAUGAAUGCUUUGGAUAUUCUUAGAGAAACUAUAAGGAUUCUUAGGUUUAAUUCAUGGGCUUUUAUGAUAAUCGCCUUUUUGCUUAUUUGUCCUGUUUCUGCUGUGCUUUUGUCUAAUGUAUUGGUUGAUGAAUCUAUUGUGAAGAAUCUUACUAUUAGGCUUAUGUUGGUUGCUGAAACUAGUGGUCUUCCUUUGAGACCUAUGAUUAAGCAAUCUUGUCAGAGAUUUGCGGAUACGGUUAUUGCUUCGGCGAUGUGUUUUCCUUUGUAUGCUACAUUGUUGUUAUUGUCGAAAACAGCUGUGGUUUAUUCUGUUGAUUGUACUUAUUCGAGAAAGAAGUUUGAUGGUUCGAAGUUUUGUGUGAUUGUGGCUAAGUUUUGGAGGAAGAUACUUGCGACAUAUAUGUGGGCUUGUACAGUUAUUGUUGGUUGCAUCACUAUGUUUUGUGUUUUCCUUGUUGCGUUUUGUAGUGCAUUGGCUGUUCUUGGAUUUUCUCCUAAUGUUGUUGUGUAUGCUGCAUUGAUGGUUGGGUUAGUUUUCUCUGUUGUAUUUGCCAAUGCGAUAAUCAUUUGCAGUGUUGCGUUGGUGAUCUCGGUUCUGGAGGAUGUUUCCGGAGCGCAGGCGAUGCUAAGGUCGAGUAUUUUAAUUAAGGGUCAGACUCAGGUGGGUUUGCUAAUAUAUCUUGGAUCGACAAUAGGAAUGGCCUUUGUGGAGGGGUUGUUUGAGCACAGAGUAAAGACACUGAGUUAUGGUGAUGGAUCUUCGAGAAUGUGGGAAGGGCCGCUCUUGGUAAUAAUGUAUUCGUUUGUGGUGCUUAUAGAUUCUAUGAUGAGUGCGGUUUUCUAUUUCAGUUGUAGAUCUUUUAGCAUGGAGAACUCAAAUGGCGAUGGCAACUCAAUUUUAGAAACUAUGGCCAUUUCUGCUGAAACAAUGGGCAUUCAAUGACAUUUCCAGCAUGAUAUUGAUUAUAUAAUUGAACUAAUAAGAUGAAGUGGAAGUGGUAAAGAUUGUUCCCAGAAAAUUGUGUUGUCAAUGAGGAACCUUCCAUCAAUACUUCUUUAGAACAUUGAAUAUGAAAGCUAUAUGGAGUUGAUAGCUUUAAAUGGAUUUCGCCUUGAUGAGGGCUGAGAUAGCUCUCAAUACAUGGAUAUUGCUUCUUUUAGUUACUUUACAAACACAGAGAAAUUUAAAAUCAGGGUAAUUGAUGUUUUUAGUUUCUUGUUAUGUCAGUGGCAAAGGUAGUACUUUUGUAAACAAACGGAAGAAAUUAAUUCAAAUCAAAGCCCACGUUUAUUGUUCCUUGAUGAAAUAUAUUACAGUUACUUUCAGUG